AUGUCAGCUUCUUCGUCACCGACAACAUCCUCUAAGGGGAUCUCCAUCGACCUGCAGCUCAUCGCCUACUUCGCCUUGUGGUACCUCGGCAACUACUACUACAACAUCACAAACAAGUUGGCUCUGAAGGCAGCCGGAGGAGCGGCAGGGUUCCCCCUUACAAUUGCCACGUUGCAGCUUGGUGUGGGAUGUUUGUACGCCCUCUUCUUGUGGGCAGCGCCAGAUGCUCGCAAGCUUCCCAAAAUAACCAAGGAAGAUGUGAUCAAGAUGAUCCCUGUCGCUUUCUGUGCUGCCGCCGCUCAUUCGUUCUCGGUGUUCGCACUCAGUGCUGGAGCCGUUUCCUUUGGACAGAUCGUCAAGGCUGCAGAGCCAGCAUUUGCUGCUCUCCUUGGAGUUACCCUUUACCAGAAGAAGCUCUCACUGGGAAAGUGGCUGUGUCUAAUCCCAGUCAUUGGAGGAGUCGUCCUCGCCUCGGUGAAGGAGCUUGAUUUCGCAUGGUCUGCUCUCAUCACAGCUUGCAUUGCCAAUCUUUUUGCUGCCUUCAAGGGCCAAGAAAACCAGAAGCUCAUGACUACUCCUGGGAUCAAAGACAGGCUUGGAAAUGUUGGGAAUCAGUUUGCAAUCACCAUGAUCCUCUCUUUUUUGCUUUCUGUCCCCGUGAUGAUAGCAAAGGAGGGUGCAAAAUGGGGACAGUUUUGCUCUCUAUGGCAAACAACUCCAGCUGUGACAUACAAUCUGAUUGCCUCCGGGUUGUGGUUCUACGGAUACAAUGAGCUGGCGACGAUGACAAUCAAGAAGACGAAUGCGGUCACUCAGUCAGUUGCAAACACCGCCAAGAGAGUCAUCGUUAUCAUUGGCGUUGCUAUCGUCUUGCGUGAAAGCUUGGAUCCUAUUAAGCUUCUUGGCUGUGCCAUUGGCAUUGGAGGUGUCUUCCUCUACUCAAUCAUCGACUUAAUCUUUCCCCCGUCGAACUCCCCAGCCGCUCCAAGGAAGCUUUACGGAUGGCAGAAAAACAAGGCAAGCCGUCCCUGGGUCAAGCGACAGCAACGUGGAAUUCUUCGUUAUCGUGACAUGUUGCAGUUGCGCUACUCUUCGGGUCCUGGAUCUGACACUCCUUCUACAUCCACUUCGCUUACUGCUAGAAUGGCAAGCAAGUCCAAGACAGGCCGCCGCUUAGGACGUUCGAGGCCUGUCUCUGCCCCUCCAGCCCCUCCGGCCAGAGAGGAGGGCUCUCAGGGACAAGUCAAUCAGUUCAAGGAGGUGACUGAAGACAUUCCUCAGAUUUCUCCUGCUGUCGAGCCAAUGCGGACAGAAGUCAAGGCUGUGGAGAAGCCUCGAGUUGCAGAAGCCUCCAAGGACAAAUUUCCGGACGGCAGCGUAUUGAAGUCACCCUUCGGAGAGUUCACUAUGCCUUCCUGGUUCAGCACGGGAAAAAACUUUGGAGCCAGCGCUUGA